AUGAAAUUAGUUGAUGUGUUGAGAGAGCAUCCUAAUAUCACAACUAAGGGAGUAAUUUCUGAGAUGCUGAAAUUUGGUGUUGAACCAAGUAAGAACCAAGUAUAUAGAGCUAAUAAGAGAGCUUUAGAGAUUGUUCAAGGAUCACAUGCAAAAUCCUAUAGCAAGCUGUCAAAAUAUGCUGAGUUAGUUAGGCAAAACAGCCCUGAGACUAUUGUGAAAAUCCACUAUGAUAGGCCUAAUUUAUUAAUGGAACCAAGGUUUCUUAGAAUGUUCAUCAGUUUCAAGGCACAAAAAGAUGGCUUCUUGGUUGGUUGUAGGCCUUUUGUAAGCUUUGAUGGUUAUCAUCUGAAAGGAAUGUUUGGUGGUGUUCUCUUGAUAGCUGUGACAUUAGAUGGAAACAACAGCAUCCUUUCAAUUGUUUAUGCAGUUGUUGAAUGUGAGAACAAAGACAGUUGGAGCUGGUUUUUCUUGUACUUUCAUGAGCAUUUUGGACCUUUUGGCAAUGAUAUCCCAUUGACUUUCAUAAGCGAUAGGCAGAAGAAUAAGUACCAUCUAAAGAAGCAAGAUAUUGUUGCUGGCACACAUAAUAAUUUCAAGAUUCAGUUCCCUGGUUUACUUCUCAGAACCUAUUUUUGGCAAGCAGCAAAAAGUUUUGAUGUAAUGGGGCACAAUGAGGCCAUGGAGAGGAUUAAAGACCUGAACAUUAAAGCUUGGAGAGGAGCACCUAUAUUGACACUUAUUGAUGGGUUGAGGAGCAAGGUGCUGAAGAAGCUAAAAGACAUUGCUGAAAAAGCUCGAAAAUGUCAAUUGAUGAUGGCUAAUGAGUUCAUCUUUGAAGUGUCUAAUCUGGACAGGAUAUACACAGUUAAACUACAAAAGAGAACAUGUGAUUGUGGGGCCUUUCAAAUCACUGGAAUGCCACGCAAGCAUGCUACACUGGGAAUAAUGUAUAGGAGGGAUAACCUAAACAACUACUGUGAUGCAGCAUUUGGCUUUGAGAAGUACAAGAACGCAUACUCAUCAAUGAUCAUGCCUAUUCCUCAUGAGAAAAAUUGGCCUCCAAUUGAAGAAGUUACGCCUGCAACAGUUGAGCCACCAAUCAUUAAAAGGGCACCAAGUAGACCAAGAAGAAAUCGAAGAAGGUGCCCUAAUGAAGCUGCUCUUCACUCUUUAACAAGGAGAUCAACUACUCUUAAAUGUUCUAAGUGUCUGCAAUUUGGUCAUAACAAAAGGACAUGCAAAGGAGGACUGCUACUAGAAGAGGAAAAACCAAGCAGAGGCACAGCUAACACAGGCUUAUCAGGAGCUAGAGUUUGGCUUGCACAAGGAAGUGUGCCAAUUGUUGUAUCAAGUCAAGGAAGUAAUCGUAGUCCUCCUAGUCAACCAACUUCACUGAAUAUACAAGUCAAUGUAGAGGCUAGUUCAAGUGGUGCAACAAAAAAGAGAGGAAGACUUGUAAAGAAAAAUAUGACUACUGCAUUGAAUAACAAUGGAAAAGGCGUGCAAAUGUACCAUGUCCAUCAGAAAAUUAAGCUGUGA